AAAUCGAAAAUGAGCCUGUUGUAUUUCAAGAUAUUUUUUGUCCGUUGUGCUCAAGCAAAAGAGAUGUUUUCACCUGUGCAAAGUGUAUAGUUCUGGGUCUCUUCUCGAACAGUAAAAGACCCAGCUCUGAAAGUUAUGGAGAAAAAAGACAGAGAUUGGAAUCCAUUAAGAAACUAAAAGCGAAAUAUGGUGAAAGAGUUUUACAAUCAAUUAACAAAGUGGAAUCUACCAAUGAUUUGGUUUGUCAGAUUCAGGUUUGUCAAAACAAGUUGUUGGCCCUUCGUGAAGCAUUGUCUUUAUUAAAAGAGCACCAUGUUGAAGAGCGAGAAAACCUGAGCAAAACCACGGAGGAAAAUAAGAAACGACGAUCAAGAUUAGAGAAAUUAAAACAAAAAAUAAAAUUGCAAGAGAAAGAAUUGAGUUCUAAAAAUGCAAAGAUAAUCGAGAAACAAGCAGAGCUUGCAGCCUUACAAGAAAAUGUCACAAGAAUUCGUAGAAUUCGUGUUGAUCAAGCUCAAAAAUAUCUCUUUCCAAUUUCUAAACAACAUGUAUUCCCAGAAUUUGGCACGCCACCAGAUGACACACCUGUUCACAUUGACGUCAUGGAUGUAGUGCAGGAAGGUGGUCAGAGCUGUGAAAGAGCUUUAACAGAAGCAACAAGAACCUCGUAUGUUGAAGGACGUUGGAUUAGUGAUGAUGACCUGGUGAAUACUCAGUAUAAAAUUCUUCAAGCGUUUCUUCCUGCUGAUGGAGAUUAUUCAACAUACUCAAUUUGGUUAAAAUCCAACAAACAUUCAUCUAAUGAAUCAGUACCAACAAGCAGUUUAAGAAGUUCAGGAUAUUCUCUCACGGCAGGAUUAAGUUAUACUUGUCAGUUAUUGGAUCUUAUGGCAUUUUUCCUUGAUGUCACUUUACCAAAAGAUGUUAGUUGCAGUGAUUUCUGUCUGCGGGAUUUGAGUGCAUCUGAAUUCAAAUCUGCAGUUUUACGUGUAAAUACGAAUGUGAUGUACUUGUGUCUCUCUCAGAAUGUGAAUGGCCUGAUGCUUCAUCCCAAACGAACUCUUCAAAACAUCCAUGCAUGUCUUCAGUCGGAUGUUGACAUAGGGAGAUUUGGAGCCCACAGUGUGCUUGACUUACAUGAAUUCCCACUAAGUGAUGAUGAUGUUAGCACGUCAGAUGAAGACCAACCUGAUGGUAAGCUCAGUCCAAAUAUAGAACAUAAUACGUCAGAUACAGAAUGGGAAACAGUGACUAUGGAUGGGCUUACGUCAGCACCUGAAUCCGGUGUCUCACGGACAGUAUCGGCCCUUUCCGAGCUGGAAUCGAGGCCAUCCACGGCUUCUACGUUAGUAUCAUCUGUCACUUCACUUUGGCGAUGGAAAAACUAGUGACUGAGCAUUGACAAGUAUUGUGAGAUGGUUAUGCCACA